AUGAACGUUACUGGCUCUGAACUCUUUCAGUCGUAUGAGCAAGAAUUUGAACAAAUUGCUCAGUCCAUUUCAGGGAAAAUAAAUGAUACUCUUCCGUUACUUACUGGAGAAAAACGCAAAGCCACUAUUCGUGCAGCUGAGCGUGAAAUUGAAGAGGCUGAAGAAAUUGUUGCUCAAAUGGAAAUGGAGGUGCUAAAUUUACCUCCUUCAACUCGAACACGCCUUCAAGCCAGAAUGAGAAUUUAUAAGAGUAAUGUGGAAAAAUUGAAACGUGAUUUGAGAGCUGCCAGGUCACGUAUCACCGGAACUUCAGAUCGAGAUGAAUUACUUGCUGGAUCAAGUGGAACCGAUCUUGAUAGUGAAUCAAUGAACCAACGUGCCAAACUUUUAAGUGGAACUGAACGACUUGCUGAUAGUAGUCGUCGUAUACAAGAUAGUCAUAGAAUUGCUUUGGAAACUGAAACUAUCGGAGCCAAUGUUUUAGAAGAUAUUCGUAGACAAAGAGAACAAAUUUUACAUUCGAGAAAUACCUUGAUGGAGGCAGAUUCUUACAUUGAUAAAGCCCAACGUACUCUUAACAAUAUGAGACGCCGAUUGGGAAUAUGGGAAUUAUUUGUUUAA